AUGAGUGGCGGAUCCUUGCUUCGACUCUUCAGGUCCGAGUACUUCGAUGCACAUUUGCAUAUGCACUACCUGCUCCGCAUGGAGCAAAGUGGUGUCCAAGAUUACUUGGUCAAUGAGUUGUACAAGAUGACUGACGACGAUGUGGACUACUACCUUCCUCAGCUGAGCCAGGUGGCCCUUCUACGUUACAACAAAUCCUCAUUGCACCGCUUUCUCCUCGACAAAGCUGCUCAGUCGAUGCCUUUUGCACUGAAAAUCCAUUGGUUGGUGCGCAGCAUCGUGGAGGACAGGACGCCAGAGCUGUAUGAAAAUGCCAUGGCGAUGCUCAACCUUUGCGAAGCUGCGAUGGUUAACUCGUCAAGCUCAUCUCGAAAGCGGGAGGACGAGGCAAGCCCUGGCCCGCCACAGGUGCAGCGAAUCCUGAGGUCAAGCUCGGAUCCAGACUUGCAGUCGAACCGAGCACCUUCUGUCGAGGAUUUCGAUGAACCAGAGCAGCGAGGCAAUGCCCCAAAGAGGCGGAGCAGGACUCCUGGCCCAAUGCGAUCUCGCGAAGCAGAUGGAAGUGCACAUCCAGAAGACAGUGAAAGCCAUGAGCAUGGGGAGGUGCGCUUCAAUCCUCCGGCCCGGCAGAUCUCCGGCGAGAGCUCACUAGAUGAUCCUGCAGCCGAACCAGAAUCGCCUUCAGCUGGAAUCCUUUCAGAGGCUGAGGCACUGCGUGCUGCUGCAGUGAGACAUUUGGCAGCCCUGGAACAGGCGUUCAGCCCAGAAGAGCGCGCACAGGUUUUAGAGUUGCCGGCCAGCUGUCCAAAUGCUUUUCAGAGCCUGGGGCUCCCCAUCGCAACUGGCCAUCCCAACGAGGAGGAUGGGUUGGAUGACGAACGAGCCCGAGAGUGCUUGAUGAAGAAGAGGCGGUGUGAUUACUUCAACACACAGAAUCAACUAGUGUCACUGAUAAUGACACUUUCCGAUGUACUGAUCUCCUAUGCAGACAAGGCUGACCGGAAAAGCGCCCUUGCAGCUACCCUGAAUGUGAUUAAUCGCUGGCUCCUGGACCGGCGAAUCUGUAUGGCAGUUGCUGGUGAAGGUCCCUUAUUCCUCUUGGGGGCCCACAUUCCGCUGUGGAGAGACUUGGAUAGCCUGCACCAAAUCUUGCAUGUUCAUGUGGAUAUGUGCAGAAUCUUUAGUUCAGCUACGCGGGCUCCAUUCGUGCUGGCGUAUGAGUCAGUGAAUCUAGAUGAGGCGGCCGAGACUGAUGAGGCAAAACACGUUCAUGUCUCCCACCAAACCUUGCUGCAUCAGCCUGCGACAGCGGCUGUUCAGCAGUCAGUGGCAGACAGGCUCUCAAGAUGUAUUGUCGCAGAGCUCCAUUUGGCUGAUCUCCCUGAAGGUGAUCCAUCUACUGAUUCGGAGCACCUUCAUCGCCUCAUCAAGCAGGUUACUCCCGAUCAGUGGCACACCUUUGACUGCACAAUGCCAAAGGCAGCGGCCACAGAUGAACCCAAUGUGGAGGAGCUUGAAGGCAAGACCCUAAGGGCUGAAGCGAGGAGAAGACGAGAGGAGGCAACUCGCACGAGGCAUCGGAUCUGGGGAGAGUCGUGGCAGGAGAAGGUGGACAGGGUCAAGGCAGCAUCCCCCUAUAGCCACUAUGCCAGCUGGAGACUGACAGCUGUCAUGGUGAAAGGAGGUGAUGAUCUCCGGCAAGAACUGUUGGCUUCGCAGAUCAUUGAACAAUUCAGUGCUAUUUUCCAGGAAGCUGGCUUGCCACUGUGGCUGAAAGCGACCAAGGUCCUUGUCACAAGCUCCACGAACGGCUUUCUUGAGUUUAUUCCAGACUCCAUAUCAGUAGACGCUAUGAAAAAGCUCUUCCCGGGAAAAACCUUGGCAGAGAUCUUCAAAGUAGCGUUUGCUGAUCGCCUGUUUGAAGCAAAAAAGAACUUUAUCGAGAGUUCGGCUGCAUAUUCAUUGGUAGUUUACUUCUUGCAGGUGAAGGAUCGACACAAUGGAAAUCUGCUGCUGCUAUCCAGUGGCCAUGUUGUUCACAUUGACUUUGGGUUUAUGCUUUCCAACUCACCUGGGGGGAAUAUGGGCUUCGAGAACUCGCCCUUCAAACUGACACAGGAAAUUCUGGAUGUCAUGGAUGGUGAGUGCUCCGAGCAGUACGAAUAUUUUCGAACCUUGCUGAUUCGUGGGUUUUUAGAAGCCAGAAAGCACAUGGAGCGCAUUGUUUUGCAAGUACGCAUGAUGCUGACUGGUUCCAAAAUGCCAUGCUUCCGAGAAGGGGCCGACUUUGUUCUCUCUACAUUGCAAGACAGGUUUUUCAGCAAUCUCACAGAGGAGGCUUGUAUCGAGAAAGUCGUGGAGCUGAUAGACACUUCCGUGAACAAUUGGCGCGCGAUUCAGUAUGACAAUUACCAGCGGCUCGUGAAUGGCAUCCUGUGA